AUGCACUGCUCUAUAUGUAAAGCACCUAAUCAUAACAAGAAAGGUCACCACAAGCAUGUUAAUGACAUUCAAAAUGAGCAGGCAGCAAAACAAGUAGAGGAAGAUUUUGAUGACCCUGGCAUUGUUGCUAACAUAAUGCCACAUACUGUGAGGCCAUUUCUUGAUCCAACACAAACUCCUGACUCUAUGGUUUUCAUGAUGCAGGAGCAGGAGAGGUUUGUAUAUCCACGUGUUAGAGACUUUGGUCCUCUACCAGAGUCAAAUUUCAUAGCAAAUGCUAGAGAAGAAAUUCCUCCUCCCAGAAUGACCACAGCAAUGACAAGGGGCAGGAUCAGAAGAGGUGGAACUGCUCCAUCUGGAGCAAGAGGUGGAAAUGCUGCAUCUGGGCACAAUGCAAGAGGAGGAGGAGCAUCAAAUGUUGCAAGAGGUGGAGGGGACAAUGCAAGAGGAGGAGCAUCAAAUGAGCAGGAGAGGUUUGUAUAUCCACGUGUUAGAGACUUUGGUCCUCUACCAGAGUCAAAUUUCAUAGCAAAUGCUAGAGAAGAAAUUCCUCCUCCCAGAAUGACCACAGCAAUGACAAGGGGCAGGAUCAGAAGAGGUGGAACUGCUGCAUCUAGAGCAAGAGGUGGAAAUGCUGCAUCUGGGCACAAUGCAAGAGGAGGAGGAGCAUCAAAUGUUGCAAGAGGUGGAGGGCACAAUGCAAGAGGAGGAGCAUCAAAUGUUGCUGGAGGCGGAGGGCACAAUACAAGCGCAGGUGGAGGCCACAAUGCAAGAGGAGGAGGAGGGCACAAUGCUAGAGGAGGGAAUAUUGCAAGAGGAGGUGGAGGCCACAAUGCUAGAGGAGGAGGGAAUGUUGCAAGAGGAGGAGGAGGCCACAAUGCUACAGGAGCAAAUGUGGCUAGAGGAGCAAGAGCUGCAGCUCCUGGCUUCUACAACCUCCGUUUUGGAGAUGAUGGAUCUAGUAGAACUUGGACUGAAGCAACAAAUUUCAUGCAGGCCGAGGAAGAAGUUCUGAUCACUCAGAAUGCACCUGAUGAUGAAUGGCCUCAUGAUUUCCUAUCCCAGUGA